AUGGCCUACAACUACGGCGGACCUCCAGGCGCAUAUGGCGGCCAGCAGCAACCAUAUGGCGGCGCGCCAGGUAUGGGCGGACCACCGACAGGACCAGCGCAAGCCUUCCAACCACCACCUAAUAUGCCGGCCGGUCUCAACUUCAACGCACCUGUCAUCAGGCUGGGCAUGGAUGGUGGAGGUGGAGGUGGAGGCGGUCGUCCGCAGUCUGGCAAUGAUUGGGGUGACCGAGGUGGACGUGGCAGUAAUGCAGAGCCUCUGGGUGGAAGAGACAGACGCGGCUUGGGCGCAGAUCGCAACCUCGACCGUGAGAGGCAGGCAGUCCGUGAUAGCAUGAUGGCACUACAGCCUCCCACGCGCGAGGAAGUCUCGAGGACUAUCUUCGUGGGAGGUCUUGGUGAAGGCAUGCCGCACGACGAGGCGCUGGAGAACAUCUUGCGAUGUGCUGGCAAGCUGAGACGCUGGACACGAGCUCGAGAUGCCGACGACAGGAAGUGCAAGUUUGGCUUUGCCGAGUACGAAGAUGUCGAGAGCCUGGAAGCUGCUGCUGAGCUGUACCCUAACCUCGAACUGCCACUGUUCAACGCGGACGGUAGUGUGCAGAGGGAGAAGGCCGAGGAGGGCGAGGUCAAGAAGCAGAAGUGGCUUGUGGUCAUCGACGAUGCUAGCAAAGAGUACAUCGAGACCUGGAUGGCAAGGAAGAAGGAAGACGAGAACACUCGGCAAUUUCGUAUGGAGUCCUGCAAGAGUGAUCUCGAGCAAACGAUUGCCGGCUUGAUCAAUCAAGCUGCACAUGGCACAAAUGGUGUCAACGGACACGGCGAUGUGGAUGGCGAUGUCUCUAUGGCUGAGACAAACGGCGACGCGAAUGGCGCAGUCGAGCACAUCACCAUCCAACAAACCGGAGCUGAGGACGAGCUUGCGGACAUCCCAGCCGAGCAGCGAGCGACGGUGGCAGAAGAAAUUAAGGCCUUCCGUGAUAGAUCCAACCGCCGAGACAUCGAACGCCUACGUCGCGAAGAGGACCUCGAACAGGAAGAGCGACGGCGCAAUGGCCCAGCACCGCGUGUCAGCCGACUUGCAUCACCUCCACCGGGCGCAGCGAACUCCACAAACGGCAUCCCACUUGGCCCUCGUGGCCAGCAGGGUGUCGCCGGUGCACCGUCAGGCCCUAAGGGCUUCAGAGGGACACAAAUACCCAACGACUAUGUCAACGGUGUCGCUUUUGUGCCAGGUGCCGGACCUGACGGACGUGGCAUGACAGUCUCACUGAACCGUGAGGAGGAAGAUGCAGAUGAGAGCGACGAAGAACUUGAGCGUCGCCGACAAGAGAGGAAAGAUGCAGAAAUCGAGAAGCAAUACCAGGAUCAGGUUCGUCGCUGGCACAAUCGUGAGCGAACACGCGGUGCAGCUCAAGAGCGUGAACGCAAGCGUGAGGAUGACGAGAAGCGUGCUAUUGAAAAGGCUCGUGAAGACAUCCUUGCCAAGUUUGCCAGCUGGAACGACGAUGAAGAGGCAGAGAAGCAACGACACCCAUACUACAGAGAUCACUCGGCUUGGCUGCGAAUACGCGACCAAGAUCGCGAGAGGGAGCGACGCGAAGAUGACGCAGACCGCAAAGCUGAAGAGCGCGAGAAGGCUGACGAACAACGACGUACCAAUGAGGCGCGCGGUAUGGCCGACGACUUCUUGGACUCGAUGGGCAUCGAACCAGAGCCCGAGAGGGUCGAUCAAGCCGGACCUGCACCGUUCAAGAUCAGCUUGGGAGGUGCCAGCAAGACAAAGCCAGCCACCGCCGCUGCACCAAAGCGUGCGCAAAUGGACGUCGAAGGUCUGCUGGAGGACGAGGAAGAUGCUGCUGCUUCUGGCCUCAAACGCGAUCUACAACUCAAGCCGCUCGAAGACAUGUCUACACUACCUACCUCCGGCUUAGGCUUGACAGACGAGGAGAAGGCCAGCGCACGCCAACAGCUGGCGUCUGAAAUUCCCACCGACAAUGACAAGCUCUUCGCCCACCCGAUCAAGUACGAGCACCUCACCAGCGACAUUCUCAACAACCAGAUCCGACCUUUCGUGGAGAAGAAGGUUGUGGAGUAUCUCGGUGUGCAAGAAGACCUCAUCGUCGACGCUGUCAUUGCUGGUGUUCGCGAUAAGGCUUCGGCUCAGUCGAUCAAGGAGGAGCUGGAGGGCCCACUUGAGGACGAGGCUGAGGUUCUGGUCAAGAAGGUGUGGAGACUGCUUGUCUUUUGGGGCGAGUGUGAGUCGCGAGGUUUGCAGUAG